CCACCUUCCCCAUCCGCAAUUAUCACAAAAUGCUGAAGAGCGGGAUCCUGCGCGCCAGCGCCAGCCUCCGCCGCCCGGCGACUGUCCGCAGUGCUUUCCAGCCCAUCAAGAAGACCUUCGCCCCCAACCUCGCACGCUAUGCAUCAACCGAUGCUGCGAAAGAUGGCAAGAUACACCAAGUGAUUGGAGCUGUGGUUGAUUCAAGUUCGACACCGAGCAAUUGCCCUCCAUUCUCAAUGCCUUGACCACAGACAAUGGCGGCAACAAGCUGACCCUUGAGGUGGCGCAACAUUUGGGUGAAAACAUCGUUAGAUGCAUCGCCAUGGACGGGGCGUACCGAAGGUCUCGUCCGUGGCGCUAAGGCCACUGAUACUGGAGCUCCCAUCAUGAUUCCCGUUGGUCGCGGCACCCUCGGACGUAUCAUGAACGUCACUGGUGACCCCAUCGACGAGCGUGGUCCCAUCAAGGCUACCAAGAUGGCAGCCAUUCACGCCGACCCCCCGGAGUUCACUGAGCAGUCCACCUCCGCUGAGGUGCUGGUCACUGGUAUCAAGGUUGUCGACCUUUUGGCCCCCUACGCUCGUGGUGGAAAGAUUGGUCUCUUCGGAGGUGCUGGUGUCGGCAAGACUGUGUUCAUUCAGGAGCUGAUUAACAACAUCGCCAAGGCCCACGGUGGUUUCUCCGUCUUCACUGGUGUCGGUGAGCGUACCCGUGAGGGUAACGAUCUGUACAAGGAGAUGCAGGAGACCUCCGUCAUUCAGCUUGACGGUGACUCCAAGGUCGCAUUGGUCUUCGGUCAGAUGAACGAGCCCCCGGGUGCCCGUGCCCGUGUCGCCCUUACUGGUCUCACUGUUGCGGAGUACUUCCGCGACGAGGAGGGUCAGGACGUGUUGCUCUUCAUUGACAACAUUUUCCGCAGGGCCGGUUCCGAGGUGUCUGCUCUUCUCGGUCGUAUUCCUUCUGCCGUCGGUUACCAGCCCACUCUCGCCGUCGACAUGGGUGUCAUGCAGGAGCGUAUUACCACCACCUCCAAGGGUUCCAUCACCUCCGUCCAGGCCGUCUACGUGCCCGCUGACGAUUUGACUGACCCUGCGCCCGCCACCACCUUCGCCCAUUUGGACGCCACCACUGUCUUGUCCCGUGGUAUCUCCGAGUUGGGUAUCUACCCCGCCGUCGACCCUCUCGACUCCAAGUCCCGUAUCCUUGACCCCCGUGUCAUCGGUCAGGAGCACUACGACACCGCCACCCGCGUCCAGCAGAUUCUCCAGGAGUACAAGUCGCUCCAGGAUAUCAUUGCCAUUCUCGGUAUGGACGAGUUGUCGGAAGCUGACAAGCUUACCGUCGAGCGUGCCCGUAAGAUCCAGCGUUUCUUGAGCCAGCCUUUCGCUGUCGCCCAGGUCUUCACUGGUAUCGAGGGUCAGCUUGUCGACAUCAAGGAGACCAUCCGAUCAUUCAAGGCCAUCUUGAACGGUGAGGGUGAUGACCUUCCCGAGGGUGCCUUCUACAUGGUCGGCGACCUUGCGUCUGCUCGUGCCAAGGGUGAGAAGAUUCUUGCUGAGCUCGAGAAGUCAUAGAUGUUCGGCGUGGUGGGUGAGAUAUGAGAGUCGGCCAUGAUUCCGAGGGCAUCCAGCCAGUAGUCUUGCUUUGUACAAAAGAUAUACCUCAAAACGCGGGAUUAUACGUAGGUGCUUGUGCGGACAUGGCUUCAUUUGUAAUCCUAUCUUGCAUGCGAAGAGACCGUUUUCAACUGUUC